AUCAUGGAGCGCUAUUAGUCAAUGCUUACCGAAACAGGCAAUACAAGUCAAAUGCCGAAAGCGCGAGCCAGGUCGUGGAUUCCCGAGCAGCAAGUACUUGACGACCGGCGGUUCAACCAUUUGUAAAAUUGCCACUCAAGUUAUAAAGCAGGAGACGGCUUCAGAGAGAUGGAAUUUCACUUGCAGAGCCGUUGCGUGUCAUGUUUCCAUCCUGGAUUUCGAGGCACUUCACCGUGUUACUUCUGUCGACUUCGAUCCUCAUUCUGGCGCUGUUGUUAAAUUCCUCGUCCCCUCUGGCGCGUAGCCUGCCAUCUUUGACCAAGGUCAAGAAUUUCAGCUCGUGGUCCAAGCCAGCACAGUCCUCGGCCAACAUGCCCAAAGCACCGGUGUAUUUCUUCAGCCAUGGAGGGCCUGACGUCCAAUACAACAAGACGCACCCGGUCUACCCGGUCCUCCAGAGGAUCGGCAAGGAGAUCACGCAGAAAGUGAAGCCCAAGGCCGUGGUGGUCUUCUCGGCUCACUGGCAAGCUGAACCAAACGAGAUCCACCUCAACAAUGCCGAGGAUACCGACCUCAUCUACGACUUCUACGGCUUCCCCCCGGAGUUCUACAAGGCCACGUACCCCAACAAGGGCAGCCCGGAGCUGGCCUCCCGGAUCCUCGGCCUGCUCUCGGACGCGGGCAUCCGAGCGAGAGGGGUCAAGCGGGGGCUGGACCACGGCGUCUUCUCGGGCUUCAACGUGGCCUUCAGCCCGGAGGAGAACCCGCUGGGGUGCCCGCUGGUGCAGGUGUCGCUCUUCAACAGCGAGGACCCGGACGCGCACUUCCGCCUCGGGCAGGCCGUGGCGCCGCUGCGCGACGACAACGUCGUCAUCAUCGGCACCGGCAUGACGGUGCACAACCUGCGCGACAUGCGCUUCGCCCGGGGCAGCCCCGCCGCCCCGCUGCCGUACGUGGCCUCGUUCGACAACGCGCUCAAGGAGGCGGUCGAGGCCGACCCGGCCGUGCGCAAGGACCGCAUGGCCGCCGUCACCAAGCGGCCCGACGCCAAGCAGGCUCACCCCUGGAUGGACCACCUCAUGCCCGUCUACGUGGCGGCCGGCGCCGCCGGCGAGGACAAGGGGGUGCAGACCUGGACGUUUCACGAGUCUUCCUUUGCCUGGGCGCAAUAUCGGUUCGGGGAGGUGCCGGCUUAAUCCGAGAGAGAGAGAGAGAGAGAGAGAGAGAGAGAGAGAGAGAGAGAGAGAGAGAGAGAGAGAGAAAGUCACUGGUUUUACGUGUGCUGAAUUCUUGUGGCCCAACUCUUGUCGUCCCGGUUUGUCUUGGUCUAACACAUCUAUGUGCAGCAUCGCUGGGGCUAUAUAAGUAGAUAGCUGACUGCCCUGCAAGAUCCCCUGUAUCGCAGUGAGAUCAACAUAUUUCCUUCUCCCCUGUACGAUGAAGUUACAACAACACAUGCUGCUGGUGCUGCUGGUGCUGCUGGUACUGGUCAUGAAGCAACGUUACCCUCCCUCCAGAGCUCACGUGUGCAAACGAAGAAGUGCCAACGAUCUGGAUGAUUGCGCCUCUCCUUCCCAACUC